AUGUCGCAGCAUAGAUGUGCAGGACGACCAACCAAGCGGCCCAGACUGGUCAAGCACACACAAACUGUAGCCAACGCACCAGAUCAAGUUCAGAGGCACCGCAUAUUCAGCCUACAGCCCACUGGACAAAUUUCACUUCGAACAUCGUACAUCCCUGCCAACAUCACAGAUGAUCUGGGAGAAAGUGCGUCUGAUCCAGAUCCUUGGAACAAAGUCGAGCACUCUGCGGAUACCAACCUUCCAUUUGCCGAGUCUGAGGUCCUGAGAGAGAGACAUCAAAAAAACAGUGGACUGCAGGAAUGGCAGACCUACAUCGAUGAAUUCAUCAGAUUGGAAGGAAGGGGCAAAAACUCAGGCAGCCCAUUCGAACUUGCUUGUUGCUCGUGUACCAUCCAGUUACAUGUGAAUGCACCCCUCCACAGAAUCAAGCAGUGGAAGGAUGGGUUUUUUCAUCCCGUGUCCCUCAAGUCUAUGGGCCUGUGCAUGCAACUUGGUCACUACCCGCUUACCACCUGUCGCAAGCCAAAACCUGCUUAUAACGAUGACUUUGUUGUUGUUGACAUCCAUGGGAUACAUGAGAUUGAUCUCGACUUUUGCGGAUGUGAGCAUGAGGUGUCGCAUUUCAAGCAGUUACUUCGCGCACGUUGGUUCCCUGCCACAGUGACCAACCCAAGAACAGCAGCAACAUUUGCAGUCUUGGAAUUCUUCCACUUGCUUUCCUUCAAGUCAAAAGUUUCCGCAUACGAAUUUUAUCAUUGUUUAGCUCGAUGGACUGACAAUACUGGUAUCACACCAAUCCGCGUGAGUCUACUUUCAUCUUCCUCAAUCUCACUUGAUAUGUUGGGCUUACUCCAAUUCAGGAUCAUUAUUCCGAGUUCCUCUGAAUGGUUAUUGAGUGUUCACUCCACGCGCAAUGGCAACUUAGCAGUGCUGUGUCCAGCCUGUCCUCACCCAGGUAAAAACCUGCCGGAUGGCUGUGAAUUGGAGCCUAACCAAUGGAAAUAUGGACUGUUCAUCGUGGUUGAUGCCAAUUUUCGCCUAAAACGUCAGAUGGUGUCCAGCGAUGAAAAAGAUCCAGGUCUUAGCCAAGGGUGGAGUUUUUUUGUUGACGAGAGAGACUAUAAAUAUCAUUUGAACGCGCACACUGGGAUCGCACAAGAGAAAGCACCUGCAUCAGCCACAAUGCUGCACUGUGGAUUGCGCGCAGAGAUCAAGGCAUGGGAGAUGGACCAUUCACAGCCCAACCCCUUCCAGAGCAGAGUCGCCACAAUGACACAGGCAGCCGUGCGACUUGAAUUGGCCAAGCAAGACGCAAAGGAAUUGGAAGAUGGAUUAGCGAUCCCACUCCACGCUGAGGUGACUUGCAGUGUGCUCCUCAGCACUGGAAUUGACCUUGAACAUACUCAACGCCGAUUACGCGUAGAUGCCUCCGCACUCGGUCAACAUUCAACUGAGAUUCAGAGAACUAAAAUUUUGACACGAAGGACUGCACUACAACGGCGCCUAGAUGCAUGGACUGCAAUCCAAACGGUCUAUAUGCCAAUGGUCCCAAAUCUUCGCACUUCUGCAACCCUCCUACCUCAUAAUGACAUCACUGAUGAUAGUGGCUGUCCAACAUCAAACCCCAACUCCAGUAACGCAGAAGAUCUCCCGUUGCUUCUUCCUUCGGAAGUCUGUGGCGUCGUGCCAUGUGAUCAAAAAAUGCUGGAGAUGGAAUGGUCCCUUCGAUAUGCACAAGCCAAUGAUGCUCUUAAUGAGUGCCGAACCCACAUUCGAGUCCGCCGCCAGCUAUAUCAGUAUAAGACCCAGCAUGUGCGCGGACAAGGAGCAAGCACACAUUCUCAGAAAACGCUAGAUGCCAUUGAAGAACGCCUGAUGCUGAGUCACGCCAAGUACGUGAGCGCCCACAAGGCGCUGGUGUCCCUUGCUCAUCAUCUUAAUCGGGUAGGCUGGGAGCAGAAACUGCAGCCCUUGAAAAAGGCUCACCUUAGACCCAUGGGAGACUUUGGAGCGCUGACUCAAGGGACAGACAUUAUGUCUUUGAUUUGGUUGACGCACGGGAUAUCCGCUGACAACAACGAGGGGCUGCAAGACUCGCUUCGGAUGGAAUGGUGUAAGGCCCGUGCGCACCACAAUAGGUGGUCGGAAGAAAUCUUACUAUUGUUAGAAGAGAUGGAACGUGUCUUGAGAUUCCUGGACUGGCAAGCAGCGCAGUGGGAUUCACUGGCGUCAAGGCCAUUUGUUGAGCCGCUGAAGGAGGAGGUGGAGGAGGGUUUUGUGGCUUAUGCUUUCCGGCAAGUUCACAUCCGCCACAGGCUGGCAGCUGUCUUCAAAGAGAGCUGGAGGACAGUCCCUGAUCUCGUUGCCUCAGGUUUGGAUGCUGAUUUACUUGUCGAAGAGGAUGACGGACCAUCUCUUGAUGAGCCGCCUUGCGAAGACGUCGAGAACACGCUGUAG